AUAACUGGGUUUUUUUUGUCUGUGUGUGUCUUCUUCUAUCCUCUUUUUUUUUGGAGAUGGAGGAAGAACUCCAUUGUAAUCAGAUGUUGCAAUAGAAAGAUCGGUGGAAAAGCAAAAACAAAGGAUUACUACGAGUUGCUCGGUGUUACUGCCGAUUCAAAACCACAGGAAAUCAAGGAAGCUUACAGGAAAUUACAGAAGAAACAUCAUCCAGAUAUUGCAGGCCAAAGGGGACAUGAAUACACUCUGAGGCUAAACGAGGCCUACCGUGUGUUGAUGAGAGAGGAUCUCAGAAGAGAAUAUGAUGGUUUUAUUGGUAAAACGAGCGGAGGGUUUGGCAGGGAUUUCACUGGCUUGACUUACAGUUCAUGGAAAGGACCCUUCAGAUCCCAAGCUCUUUUUGUUGACGAAAAUGCAUGCAUAGGAUGCCAAGAAUGCGUGCACCAUGCGAGUAACACGUUCAUGAUGGAUGAAGCUCUUGGAUGUGCACGUGUCAAAGUUCAAUUUGGGGAUGAUGACAGAAGCAUAGAGGUAUCAGUUGAUUCAUGUCCAGUGAACUGCAUUCAUUGGGUGGAUAGAGAAGAACUGGCUGUGCUGGAAUUCCUUAUUCGCUCUCGGCCAAAAAAAGCAUACGGUGUUUUUGGAGGAGGGUGGGAAAGACCUGCAGACGUUUUUAUGGCAGCCAAGUACUUCAACAAGCAACUUCAGCAGCAUCGUCAAAGGACUAGCACUGCAGCAGAGGGGAUUGUUGAAGAAGAGACACCAGCCCAAGCCGAAGCUCGAGCUAGAGCCAGUAUGAAGUUACAGAUGGAGAGCUUCUCAAGACUCUGGUCUUGGAUGAGAAAAUUCUCUGGUUCUGGUAGAUGACACUGAGUAAACAAGAAGAGGUUUAGAGAAAUCAAGAUAUAUUUUGUCUUUGUAACUAACAUCUAACAACUAAAAAUACAGACA